AUGACACAGAUCGGCUGGUUUGGCCUUGGCUCAAUGGGCCAGGCGAUGGCCUCUAACCUGCAGCGCCACCUAGCUACAAAGAAAGCUCUGAGCCUUAUCUACUCUAACCGCACCAUGGCGCGUGGAGCUCCCCUGCAAGCAUUGGGAGGAGUUCCCGAGCCCAACUUCGAGAAGCUUGUCUCCAAGUGCGGAAUCAUUUUCACUAUGGUCUCAAAUGACUCGGUCCUGCAAAGUCUAUUGUCCAGCGCCAUGAGCCAGUCUCUAAAGGACAAGAUCUUCGUCGAUUGCUCAACAGUGCACCCCGAAACAGUCAGCUCCGCAGUGGCCCAGCUGAAAAGCAAGAAUGCGUCAUACGUAGCAGCCCCGGUGUUCGGGGGCAACCCCAUUGCCGUUGACGGCAAGCUUGUUUUUGCUAUCGGCGGUCCUAUGAGUGCGACUGAGGUCGUCAAGCCUCUCAUUCAAGACGUCAUGGGUCGUCGUGUGAUUGAGUGCGGCGAGGACGCUACCAAGUCCUCGCUUCUCAAGAUUGCGGGUAACAUCGUUACGGUGAAUAUGAUGGAGGCCGUUGGCGAGGCCCAAGUGUUUGCCGAAAAGACGGGGCUUGGAACUGGACCAAUGGAAGAGCUUAUUGGUGAGGCCUUCGGUCCUGUUGCCGGAGGAUAUUCCAAGAGGCUGACUACUGGUGCUUAUGCACCGCCUGUGGAAUCUCGUCCUGGAUUUGGAGUAUCUCUUGCCAUCAAAGAUGCCAGACACGCCAUGGCAAUGGCUCAGGAACACGGCGUGCAGCUUCCUGGGCUUGAGUUAGCUCGUGCCAACAUGGAAUCGGCUAGAGAAUUUGGCGGGGAGUGCUUGGAUAGCAGUUCGAUGUAUGGUACUUUGCGCCAGAAGGCUGGGCUGGAGUUCUGGAAUGAAAGAAGUCGGAAAGAGUAG